UCUGCGCAUGCGUACUGGAGUGUCAGCAGAAGCCGCGGUGUAACAUGGCGACGUACGUGGACAUUCUGAAGAGCGAGUUUCCCGAGAUUGACACUGAAGUAUUUGAUUAUAUUACCGGAGUGCUGGAUAGCGGAGGCUCUGACUUUGAGGAUGGAGAGGAAGUGUUCGACGCCGUUGGCGGGGUUCUACAGGAAGUAGCCGCGGACAAAAACGAAGACGACAUCCGGAACAUCUGCCUGCAGCUGUUUAACACUCUGAAGAUUAAUAACUGUCACUCGAACCAGAGGCAGGUGCUGCUGGAUGCUCCGGUGCAGCUGUCUCAGAUCUCGGCAGAGUCGGAAUCAGCUGUUAGUGACGUCCAGGGUAUUUGGAUGGUGAAGAGAGCUCAAGGCACGACUGUUGAUGCCAAGAAGCUGGAAAAAGCAGAAGCCAAGCUGAGAGCCAAGCACGAGCGGAGGAAUGAAAAGGACUCGCAGAAACCCGCAAACCCACUGGUGCUGGAGGAGGCUUCAGCCAGUCAGGCUAGCAGUAAGAAGGAGAGUCGUGUGGACAUGUCAGGGAAGAACCGCAGCUACGACAUCCGCAUAGAAAACUUCGACGUGUCGUUUGGAGAGAGGUCUCUGCUGCAGGGAGCUGAGCUGUGUUUGGUGAGUGGUCGCAGGUACGGUCUGAUCGGGAGGAACGGCCUGGGCAAGACCACGCUGCUGAAGAUGCUGGCGAGUCGCAGUCUGCGUGUUCCAGCACACAUCUCCAUCCUGCAUGUGGAACAGGAAGUGGCAGGAGACGACACACCGGCGCUGCAGAGCGUGCUGGAGAGCGAUACGGUCAGAGAGGAGCUGCUCGCCGAGGAACGCUCGCUAAACGCACACAUCGCCAACGGAACAGCGGAGGGGACUGAAAGCUUGCGUCUGUCAGAAAUCUACGCUAAACUGGAAGAAAUCGAGGCAGACAAAGCUCCAGCCAGAGCGUCAGUGAUCCUCGCAGGUUUAGGAUUUUCCCCCAAAAUGCAACAGCAACCGACCAAAGAGUUUUCUGGUGGUUGGAGAAUGAGAUUAGCGUUAGCGCGAGCUCUGUUUGCACGGCCUGACCUGUUGUUACUUGAUGAGCCCACCAACAUGCUGGACAUCCGAGCCAUUCUGUGGUUAGAGAAUUAUUUACAGACGUGGCAGUCCACCAUCUUGGUGGUGUCUCACGAUCGGAAUUUCCUGAACGCCGUUGCAACUGACAUCAUCCACCUGCACUCGCAGCGUCUGGACAGUUACCGUGGCGACUACGAGAACUUCAUCAAAACGAAAGAGGAUCGACUGAAGAACCAGCAACGAGAGUAUGAGGCACAGCUACAGUACAGAGAACACAUACAGGUGUUCAUAGACAGGUUCAGGUACAACGCUAACAGAGCUGCACAGGUGCAGAGUAAACUGAAGCUUUUAGAGAAACUUCCUGAACUCAAACCUAUAGAGAAGGAGACUGAAGUCAUUUUACGUUUUCCGGAUAAUUUCGAGAAGCUGUCUCCUCCCAUCCUGCAGUUAGACGAGGUGGAGUUCUACUACACGCCCCAGCAGCGGCUCUUCAGUGGCCUCUGCGUCUCCGCCGAUCUGGACUCCCGGAUCUGCAUUGUGGGUGAGAACGGAGCGGGCAAGUCCACGUUACUCAAGCUGCUCAUGGGAGACCUCACACCUAUAAGCGGCACCAGACACGCCCACAGAAACCUGAAGAUCGGUUAUUUCAGUCAGCACCAUGUAGACCAGCUGGACCUCAACGUCUGUUCAGUGGAGCUGCUUCUCAGCAAGUUUCCCGGUCGGACCGAGGAGGACUACAGGCGUCAGCUGGGGAGGUACGGGAUCAGUGGAGAGUUAGCGACGCGGCCUGUGGCCAGUCUUUCGGGAGGACAGAAGAGCCGUGUAGCGUUUGCUCAGAUGACCAUGCCUUGUCCCAACUUCUACAUCCUGGAUGAGCCGACUAAUCACCUGGACAUGGAAACCAUUGAAGCUCUUGCAAAGUCUUUAAAUACGUUCAAGGGUGGUGUGGUGUUGGUCUCACACGACGAGCGUCUCAUCAGGCUGGUGUGUAAGGAGUUGUGGGUGUGUGAGUCGGGCCGAGUUCAUCGCAUCGACGGUGGAUUUGACGAGUACAAGAACAUCCUGCAGGAGCAAUUUCGGAAAGAAGGCUACCUGUGAAGCACCUCGUGUCACACACACACACACACAUACAUACACACAUACAUACACACACACACACACACACCAUUAAACUGACUGCAUCACCAUGACCCCAACACUGACUCUGUGUCCAAAGUGAACUCCAGCGUGCAGUGACCCUGACCUGGCUUCCUGGAAGCAGAACCAGAACUGACACUGUUAUUGGUUCCCAGUCAGCCCAUUAUCUCAGCUUUCUCAAAUCAUGACUUCGCCGCUUGCUGCUGUGGCUCACGCCGCGUCCUUCACCGGUCACGUGACACGAGGGCAGGCUGAGACACGUCGUACUCGCUGGGGUUCUCUGCACAAGUCCAUCUUAUUUCUGCACACGAGUAAAGAAAUGGAAAAGAGAAGCAGCCUGAUGCAGUAAAUGUGACGUGAGAGGACGUGUGUGCUUUCUGUUGUUCCUGCAGUUGUUGUCCUUAACUUAUCUACAUGGUUUUAGAACACGCAAAUAAAAUCCUAACCUUCAAUCA